CAGAACAGAGAGGAUACGGCAAACUCCGCUCGAUCAAGAAAGGUAAUCGUCUACAUUCCGAAGUUGACCGCACGUAUUCGACGACGAUGAGCGGCUUUCGCGACAGCGCCUCUGGCAGCCAGCCCUACAAGGACCCGACACCUCUCCCUGACUCUGUUCCACGUGUUCAAGAGCUUGGCGUAACUAGUGCGCCGCUCAAGUCCGCUGCAUUUUUUAUUGGCGCUUACUGCAAAGAGUAUAAUGAGGAUUUUAUGCUUUGCAAGAAUGAGGGGCGGGGAGACCCUGGACAAUGUCUGAAGGAGGGGAGGCGUGUUACGCGGUGUGCAACUGACUUGAUUACCAAGAUGCGAGAAAACUGCCUCGAGCAGUUUGACACGCACUGGAACUGCCUUGAGCUGAACAACCAGGAAUACUAUGCGUGCAGAAAACCCGAGCGCACCUUGAACAAGUGCAUGUUUGAAAAACUCGGCCUGACGAAGACGAUACCUGGGACUCCAGCUGGGAAGAAGCAGAUACAUGAAGUAGAGAAGCCGAUAUAUACCACGGUACAGCGGUGAGGGCUCUUCCACCAUCCAUUAGACUACCUGAGAUAGCCCUGGGUCGAUUACCCGUGCUGUUCUGGAUCAACAGUGCUUCCUUUCCUUGGACUUUUUUUGUGUGAGAAGCUUUCGAGAGACGAUCUUAAGAACUAUAAACCAUCAGAGCACGGAGAAUCGUGAUUUCUUGUUAGUAGUGAACAUACGAGUCCAAUUAUUGACAGCUGUGAAACGAG